CGUGAUGAAAAAUAUUGUCAUUGGAAAUAUGUAUGAAAAUAAACAUCGUGUUAGACGAGUUAUAAUAAUUUAAACCUAUAUUUGUGAGGCUAAAUAGUGUCGGCACCGAAUAUCCUUAUCUCUUCAAAUUAUUAUUGACGUAUCUUCAGUUAUAGUGUCUGAAAUAAAGUACAGUUUGUGUAAAUGAUAAUUAGUUAUUAAUAUGUCACUAAGAACAUUACAAUAAAAUUACAAUAGUUUUCUGAAAUCUUUUGAGGAUUUAUUAAAAUUUCACAUCACACGGAAUUAUCGUCAUAGGAAACCUUCAUAGCACACCCGAGCCAUACGAUUUCAUACCGCACGCGACGUUUUACAAUGGGAUCAAAAGCAUUGACACGGGUAUUCCUCAUGCAAUCUAUUUUCACCACAUCACUUAUUUUAGCAGAUGCACCGUUAGAUUGUUUUAGUUGUACAGAUAUCACCAGUGUAGAUGAUUGUCACACUACAAAGACAUGCUUACCUUCACAGUCGUGUUAUACAGAAAAAUACACGCAAGAUGGCAACGCUGUCUUUACCUUGGGUUGCAAAGAAAAAGUGUUUUGUCAAGGAUUGGAUGUGACUCACUUAUUUGGUCGUAGAGAAACUAGCUGUACACAAUGCUGUGCUCUACAUGGAUGUAACAAGUACCUAUGUCCUCUGAGAUUUACCGCCGCUCCACCUCCAGUUGACGGGGCGUGGUCAGACUGGGGUCCAUGGGAAAGAUGCAGCUCAACCUGCGGCAUUGGACUACAGUCAAGAUACCGGAAGUGUGACAACCCGCCACCUGCAUCAAAUGGCAGACUAUGCUUAGGAGACGCUAAAGACGUGGGUCUGUGUAAUAUACCCUGUACUGAUCCCGUAUUCUCGACGAAGACGACCAAAAUUGCAACUUCCGUUACAACUACGGUAACAACGUCACGUUACAAUGACGGCGUUACAUCUACGUCAAAAUACUUCACAAACGAUCUCACACAAGCUCCUGGUGAGUGUAAUGAUUUGAUAGACUGCUCAGGGUAUUACAGACCAGAAGCAUGCAAUGGUAUAUACAGUCCGUGGGCGCAUCGAUAUUGUCCAGCUCAUUGUGGGUUUUGCCCAACUGUUUCAACGCCUCCCUGUAUAGAUACGAUAGACAAUUGUAAGGAGUACCAAUCAGACGUCUGUACCAAUCAAGCAUUUUGGCAAUGGCGAGAAUCACAUUGUAGAAAAUACUGCGGUCUAUGUUAGUUCAUUUGACAUCUCAACAAUGCAGGUGUUUUGACAUUUUUGAAAAUUACUUUGACAUUGUUUUAUGUAUCUUUAAAGAAAUAAAUGAUGUUCAU